AUGGGACGAAAUGAGCGUCCACCGCUAGUAGCACUGUCUGGCAUGCUACUAGCAUCAUCUGGGAGCCUUACAACAUUACCUGUCAUUCUACUAGCAUUACCUGGGAUGCUAGUAGCAUCACCAGGAGCGCUGGUGGCAUCACUUGGAAUGCUAGUAGCAACACUUGGGAUCCUAGUAGCAUCGCCUGGGAUGCUGGUGGUAUCACCUGGGACGCUACUAGCGUCACCCAGGAUGCUAGACGCAAAACUGGCUUGCUAAAAUCUGAUUGGUUGAGAAUCACCCAAUCAGAUGCGAAGCAGCUAUUUCUUCGCUAUUGUACGGACAAAGCCUACUCAUGUUCGAGUCACGUGAAAGAGGACCUCGGAUAACUGUAAGAUCGGCCCGUACAUGACAACGUUUUGUCCUUACAAUAGAAAAAACCGCACUAAAAUCUGAUUGGCUGAUAAUCGACCAAUCAGAUUCGUGGGAGCUGUUUCUAAGCUAUUGUCAGGGCAAAACAUAGGGUUGUUCGGGCAAGUCUUAGGAUUAUCCGGGGUUCUCUUUCACUUGACCCGAACAUAACAAUGUUUUGCCCUGACAACAGCUGGGAAACAGCAACCUCGAAUCUGAUUGCUCGAUUACAAACCAAGCAGAUUUUAGUGCUGUUUUUUCUUCGAUUGUAAGCACAAAAUGUUGUCAUGUUCGGGCCAAACUUAGGAUAAUCCGGGGUUCUCUUUCACUUGACCCGAACAUGACAAAUGUUUUGUCCUGCAAAUAACGAAGAAACAGCUUCUCGAAUCUGAUUGGUCGAUUAUGAACCAAUCAGAUUUUAGUGCGGUUUUUUCCACUAUUAUCGGGACAAAACAUAAGGUUGUUCAGGCCGGUCAUUGGGUUAUCUGGAGUCCUCUUUCACUUGACCCGAACAUGACAAUGUUUUGUGCUUACAAUAGGGUCAGAAAAGUGAGCUUCAAACUGCGUAAACUCGAAAUUCGGAGCUCACUUCACACCAGUCCAUAUUUUACCAUCAUUUGGAGUCCAUGUUUUAUCUCGAGGCCUAUCCUAUGAGGGUAUUCAUGGGUCCUCGAGGGCUAUCCUAUAGGGUACCCUUAGGUUCUCAAGGGCUAUCCUAUGAGGGUACCCACAAGCCCUCAAGAACUAUCCUGUGGGCUAUCCAUAACUUAUCAAGGCCUAUUCUAUGAGGGUACUCACAGGCCCUCAAUGGCAUUCUAUGGUGGUACCAGUAGGUCCUCAAGGGCUCUGCUAUGGAGUACCCGUAUUUCUUCAAGGCCUGUCCUGUCGAGGUAACCAUGGGUCCUCAAGGACAAUAAUAUGGGGUACCCAUAGGUCGUGAAGGGCUAUCGUUUGGAGCUAAUCAUAGACCUUCAAGACCUAUGUUAUAGAGGUAUCCAUAAGCUCUCGAUGCCUAUGCUAUACGGGUACCCAUAGGUGCUCAAGGCCUAACAGAUGGAGUAUUAACAGAUCCUCAAGGGAUAUAAUAUGGGGGG